GAAAAAACAUAGUUGUAAUAGAUCAUGUGACUGAAACUUGUUGCUGGAUCAGGUUUUCGUCAUAUGGGUCUCUGCUUGUAUUGCCAUUUUGUGGUAAUUAGUAAUAUAAGUAGUGAGGUAAAAAUGCUUGCGACUCAGCUAGAUGCUGGUGUAUAGUACAACAUGUGUGGUUUAUGACCUGUAAGCAUUUACAAAGAUGUUAUUACACAACCUUUCAAUUAUUUACAAAGCCUUAGGCGGCAUUUAAUGUUUACUUGAAUGGAAAUACAAGUGAUUUAGAGUUAUACAUUUAGAUAUUAUGAAUUUUCCCGUGUGUAUGAUAUUGUGUCUGCAGCAGUGAUAUCUGUCAUGAUGCCAUGUUAAUGCCCACACCACUUUCUCUGGGUAGGGUUGCCAUGGCCUGCAAAAAUGAUGCUAAAUGCCAAUGUUAAUAAGGACGAGAAAGAUAAAUAGGGCUGGUAUGUUUUUUCCAGAAAUCCAUUGGUUGCCAUGACACCUUGUAUGGAAGAACAUACCAAUCUUUUCCAUGUUACCUUGCACCCAAAUUAUUCAUGUAAUAAGUAAAGUUUUACUGUCUAAACUGGCACUAUAUAUUACACGCCACAGAUGUGUGUAAGCAACAUUCUGAUUGGUUGCUGCAUGAGUAAUAUUAUUUCAGUGUGACUAGCCCAGCAGGGUAGCAGGUGUCAGUGGGCCAGUCUUCUCACCCAUACAUUUGGUAGUUUAUGCCUAAGCCAUGGAUAUUCCCCAUUUCUGUAUGAGCACAAAAAGAAGAAACUGAGAACAAAGAUAAUAGUUUGUGGUGAAAUAACUAGGAGAAUAAGAUCUUAUUCAAAUGCAGGUACAUUUAAAGUAUGGGUGUUCAGGUUCUUCAUAUUCUUGCUUUUAGGGAGUGUUGGAGACAUGCUCGGUUGCAAAACUUUCUAUGGUCAGCAUGAGAUGCCCAACAUUCAUGUGCAAUGAGGGUUUAGAAGGACUAUAUUUCUUGCAAUUGCAAUGCAUUUCAUAGGAAUCAACUUCAGCAUCAGAUUACACUCAUACCUCAUAACGUGAGACCAAAGCAGCUAUAUACUGCAGGCAUUCCAAAUCCAGGGACGACACAGCAUAGGGCCCCUGUGCAGAAAUAUGUUAUUGACCCAUCUCCUAGCGCUGCCAGCAGUGAUUUUAAAGUAAAAUAAUGAAUGAUCUAAGUUAGUGAGGAUGGCUGUGUAUAAAGCUCAGCCUACCCACAACCCACCCUUGAGUUUCUGACUGACCUUCGCACUAUUAAAACUGGGUGGUUUGAUUGAGCCUUAAUGAAGAGCAAAUUGAUCAAGUUCUAUGUAUUAAGACAUAUUUAAAACUGACUUGUAUUCCACAUUCUUAUGAAAUCUAAUGUUCUUCAAAUGUGUGGACAUGUGUAUGCUACACAAUGCUCUUUCACAAAAACAAAAUGUGAACAUUUGUAGUUAAAUAGAGAUGCUAAAGAAAAAUCUUACUUAGUAGAAUUUGAUAUUUUAAAUAUGCUGUUAUACUAAAAGUGAUAUGUAAUUCCAUGACAACAGGCUUCUAAAAUAUCUGUGUUAAUUAUAUUUUUCUUCUGCAUCUAAUGUCUGAUGUACUAUAGAAGAGAAUACACUAAGGCUCAAGGAUCAGUGCACCUGAAACAGAAUCUGUGCAUUCUUAUUAACAUGAAGUGCAUAAUUCCUGGCAGACAUACAAAAGUAUUUGGGAAAGCAGUCCAUUCUCUGUCAAGAAUUGGCAAUGCGCUUUGGUUUGACCCUUUAGAGAAAGGUCUUGCUCUGAGGGUUGUAAACUCAUCGAUGUCGGCAUAUGCCUGUAUCGUCUUUUCUCCCCACUUCUUCCAUAGCUAUCACAGAUCUGCUUUGCAUGAACAAGGCGCUGCUUAUGCCGAAAUUAAUUUCAAGUGCAAAUAUUCAGUGAAGUCUGUCCUGCCUGUGUUUAGAUCUCUGAGUACCUUAGAAAAGAAUGUGGAUAAAUGCACCAUUUACACAAACGUAAAUGAAGGCUACAUGAAUUUUCAGUUGUUCUACAGAAAUGGCAUAACCAAAACUCACCAGUUGGCUUAUGAAGAAUGUGAGCCCUUACAAGCAGUUUUUGCCAAGAAUACAUGUCCUAAUGUAUUAAGGAUUCAACCAAGAGUGCUGUCUGAUGUAGUAGUGCACUUUCCAUCGUGCCAGGAAGAAAUCACCCUUUCUGUUACACCACUGAGAGUCUCCUUCAAAACCUACUGUGAAGAGGAAUUAGAGUUUUCUAAGUCAGUGCAUACAGAAAUGCAUCUUGGUCCAGAGGAAUUCCAUUAUUUUCAAGUUGGAGAGGAUGCUGAAGUAACAUUCUGCCUAAAAGAACUUCGUGGUUUCUUGGGAUUUGCAGAAACAACAAGUUCUUACAUUUCUGUUCACUUGAGCAAAGCUGGAAAACCUGUUGCAUUCAGUAUGGAGAACAUGUUUUUUGAAGCAGAUAUUAUCUUGGCAACAUUGGCAGAAUCAGAGAUGGGGAAAUCCUCUCAAAAAUCACCAGGAAUCAUUGCUGGGUCUAAGCUGUGCACCCCUAACCCUGGUACAGGAGUCAGCAAUGCUAUCAGCCUGUCAGAAAACAUAGACAGCCAGCAGAUCAUUUCAACUAAACAUGGAAAUGCUGAAGAUGCCCAGCAGGACACAGUAGAAGAGACUCCGAACCACUCACCAUAUAAUAAGUUUUGCACACUUUUUUUUGGAGCGGUUUCAUCUCAAACACAGGAGAAUGCUGAUAGGAUGUUCUGCAGCUUGGCCACAGCAAGUGAGGAUGAGGAUGAAGACUUGUGCCACAGGAGACUCUCCCAGACAUUUUAAUACAUGCAGUAUUUCUGACUAUCUGAUACGGUUUUGCCACAAACUUCCUAUCUGUUGUUCAGUUUUUUGGUCAUUAGUUCUAGCACAGUAUUAAGAAGCACAACACAGAGUAUCAGGGCCAUGUAUGAGCUUUAUAAAAGCACUCAGCCUUCAGCAUUGAGCCUGUAUAUGGUCAUGGAACUCCUUAGUGACUUAUAAUAUCUUUAUACUUUACAAUAGGGAGUACUUUAUUCACUAUAUAAAUCCUAUUUUUAUUUUUGGAGCCCCCAGCUGGACACUUGCUAUGACGUUCGGUCUCUGACCUGGGUUGAAGUUACUAACAAGCCAAGAGAAUGGGCAGGGGAGAGGGGGGCAUGCCUAGGGCAGUUUUGCAUUGCAGUGGGGUUAGAGACAUGGAUACAAUUGCUUUCCCAAGAGACAACAUGUUCAGUGUUCCCACUAUACCUGGCUAAAAUAAAUGUUUUUUUCUGCUAAA